UGGUGAUGAUGUUGGAGGAUAGUGACUUGGAAACUAACUUGUUGUUCCACAGUUGGAAAUGACACACUUGCAGAAAAGACAAAAGGUCCCUGUGCAAUUUAGUUGAACUUGCUCUCUUUUCAGGGAGAACUGUUAAAUCCCUGCCGCUGUGAUGGCUCAGUACGGUACACACAUCAACUUUGCUUACUAAAGUGGAUAAGUGAAAGAGGGUCAUGGACCUGUGAGCUGUGCUGUUACAGAUACCAUGUUAUAUCAAUUAAAAUGAAAAAACCUUGCCAGUGGCAAAGCAUUACUAUAACGCUGGUUGAGAAAGUGCAGAUGAUUGCUGUAAUCCUAGGAUCUUUGUUCUUAGUAGCAAGUGUGACUUGGCUUCUAUGGUCAGCCUUCAGCCCCUAUGCAGUAUGGCAAAGAAAGGACAUCCUUUUUCAGAUCUGCUAUGGAAUGUAUGGUUUUAUGGAUCUAGUGUGCAUAGGACUAAUCAUACAUGAAGGUGCAUCUGUUUACAGAGUGUUUAAGCGCUGGAGGGCUGUUAAUUUGCACUGGGAUGUGUUAAAUUAUGAUAAAGCUACAGACAUAGAAGAGAGCAACCGAGGAGAGUCUUCAGCAGGAAGGACAUUGUGGUUACCACUAACAGCAUUUAGAAACAGAAAUGUAGUCCAUCCAACACAGUUAACUUCUCCAAGAUUUCAGUGCGGUUAUGUAUUGUUACACCUUUUCAGUCGUAUGAGACCUAAUGAGGAUUCCUCAGAAGAUAACAGCUCUGGAGAGGUUGUGAUGAGAGUGACCUCCGUGUAAAAGAUUUAUGCUCACUGUGCUACACAAAAAAGGAUAAUGUGUUCUGGACUCUACAGUACUCUUGAAUGUUGUUGCAAUGAAUGGAAAAAAACAUAGCACUAGCAAAAAUAUAUACAACUUUUUUUUAAAUUUAAUGAGUUUUAUAUGGUCAGUUGAAUUGCAAAUACAUCUUUCUGAAAAAAAAAUUCUCUUGCUUUUUAUAUAGUCUGGUUUCAUAAAGCUUUU